AUGUGCUUGCUUUAUGCUUGCCGUGGCGGUUGUUGCUGCCCACCCUGUGGACUGGGUGGGCUACACGGACCUCACCGACAUCCAGGUAUUGAAGCAGGUGAUGUCCUGGAACGCUAUGGCGCUGGUCUGGGUGAUCAUCUCUGGCUUCAUCGCCGCGGGAUACAACUGCAUGUCCUACAGCAUCGUGCAGAG